AUGGUCACUGGGAGAUUUGUGACCUGUGAUUACACAGUCGAGAUCCCCGAUGAUGCUGUAUGGGUCACAGAUUGGGAUCAGCUACAUGAAAUGGCGGCAAAAUAUCAGGAUACAGCACUUGAACCAAAAUACGGUGGUAAUGUUAUUGAAGUGGAUGGAAAGAUUGUUGUUGCAACAGAUGAUGGAAUGACAAAACAGAUUGACGACUUGGUGCAAGAGUUGGUGAAGAAUGAUGCAGAGGUUGAAGAAGAGCCCCAGAUCUCAAAGAGACAAGAUCUGAAUAUUAUUCAGCGUCGGCGCGGGUGCAGUCAUCCAGGCUGCUUUUUCCAUACUACUUGUCUGACCUACACUGGCUGUCAUGUCUGCAGGCUACCACCCAGCAAGCGAGGGCUAUGUAUUUAG